CCCCUCCCGGAGCGCCGCGCCCCCUAGCGGCGCAGCUCGCCGCCGCGCCGCGUCACAGCUCCGGUGCUCGCGCCUCGAGCUCCCGGUCACACGGAAAGUUGCCGCCGCCGAGAGACGCGACGCUUCCGGACUCGUCGCUCGCGUCCCGCCGGAGACAUGAGGCGGAAGCAGAAGCGGCUGCUGCAGGUCGCGGGGCUGCUCGUCGCCGCGCUGCUCUUCUUCCCCAACGUCGGACUGUGGUCGUUGUACCGGGACCGAGUGUUCGACAACUCGCUCGACAACACGGAGGACGGCCCGGGAGGGGGCGGCCCUGCGCCGGAUCAGGGUGUUAAACGGAUGGGGAAGGAUGCUCAGGUGGGACGUGAUGGUGUGCGGAGGAAAGACUGGCACGACUACGACACCAUCAGAAGAGACGCGUCUCGCUCCGGUAACGGGGAACAGGGGCGGGCCUUCCCCCUGACGGACACCGACCGGGUGGACCAGGCCUACAGGGAGAACGGGUUCAACAUCUACGUCAGCGACCGAAUCUCCCUCAACCGCUCCGUCCCCGACAUCCGCCACGCAGCCUGCAGACAGAAGCUGUAUGCGGAGAAGCUUCCCAACACCAGCGUCAUCAUCCCGUUCCACAACGAGGGCUGGUCGUCGCUGCUGAGGACGGUUCACAGCAUCUUCAACCGCUCACCUCCGCAGCUCAUCGCCGAGGUCAUCCUGGUCGACGACUUCAGUGACAAGGCAGCUGUUGUUUCGCUCCGUCCUCAUGAGUCUUCUCCAGAUGUUGAGCUGCAGGAUAAAGCCUCUGACAACAUCUGGAUCUGGGAGCACCUGAAGGUGGCGCUGGAGGAGUACAUGGUGCGGAUGCCCAAGGUUCGCAUCCUGAGGACCAAGAAGAGGGAGGGGCUUAUCAGGACCCGCCUGCUGGGAGCCGCCGCCGCCAAAGGAGAAGUCAUCACCUUCCUGGACUCGCACUGCGAAGCCAACGUCAACUGGCUGCCGCCGCUGCUGGACCGAAUCGCCCAGAACAGGAAGACCAUUGUGUGUCCGAUGAUCGACGUCAUCGACCACGACAACUUCGGCUACGAGACGCAGGCAGGCGACGCCAUGCGAGGGGCGUUCGACUGGGAGAUGUACUACAAGAGGAUCCCCAUCCCCACAGAGCUGCAGAAGCACGACCACAGCGAACCCUUCGAGUCACCAGUGAUGGCAGGUGGACUGUUCGCUGUGGACAGGAAGUGGUUCUGGGAGCUGGGAGGAUACGACACAGGUCUGGAGAUCUGGGGAGGAGAACAGUACGAGAUCUCCUUCAAGGUGUGGAUGUGCGGGGGUCGGAUGGAGGACAUCCCUUGUUCCAGGGUCGGACACAUCUACAGGAAGUACGUCCCCUACAAGGUCCCUGGUGGAGUCAGUCUGGCCCGGAACCUGAAGCGCGUGGCCGAGGUGUGGAUGGACGAAUACGCCGAGUACGUGUACCAGCGCCGGCCCGAGUAUCGCCACCUGUCGGCGGGAGACAUGACGGCGCAGAAGGAGCUGAGGAGUCGGCUCAACUGCAAGAACUUCAAGUGGUUCAUGAGCGAAGUGGCCUGGGACCUGCCCAAACACUACCCACCGGUGGAGCCCCCUGCUGCCGCCUGGGGGGAGAUCCGUAACGUGGGCAGCAGCAUGUGUCUGGAGAGUAAACACUUUGUGUCAGGAAGCCCCAUCCGCCUGGAGAGCUGCGUGAAGGGGCGGGGCGAGGUGAGCUGGAGCCACGGACAGGUGUUUACGUUUGGCUGGAGGGAGGACGUCCGGGUGGGAGACCCCAUGCACACCAAGAAGGUUUGCUUCGACGCCAUCUCCCACAACAGCCCCGUCACACUGUACGACUGCCACGGCAUGAAGGGCAACCAGCUGUGGCGCUACAGGAAGGAUCAGAGUCUGUAUCAUCUCGUCAGUAACAGCUGCGUCGACAGCAGCGCGAGCGAGCGGCGAGUCUUCAUGAACACGUGCGACCCGGCGUCCAGCAGCCAGCGGUGGAUGUUCGAGAGAACCAAUGCCACCGUGCUGGAGAACUUCAACCAGGACAACAACUGACGUCGACCUGCUGCUGCUGCUGCUGCUUGUCCUCUGGUUCCUCGUUCACCUGGCGCAGGUGACAGCUGCUUCUCUCAGAGUGAAACAUGAUGGGAAACUGUUGAACACAUCAGGUGGAGGAAAGACUGAGUCGUACUCAGAUUGAUGUUUGUUGUGUCACAGCGGAGCUGUGGGUCCUUCUACUUCCUGGUUCAGCUGUUGAUUAGUCGUUUGACAUUCCUCUUUUCAUUUCUUUAUUUCUUUAUCUGAAAUCUUUCCUUCCCUCUCUUCCUCUUCUUCACCUCUGUCUGUCUAUGUUCAUCCUCUCUCCGUCUCUUUCCCCCUCCGGUCUCUGCUGAUCUGCCUCAUCCUGCACGUCCGUCUCCAUCUGUCUGCAUCACUGCACCUUCGCCCUCCGUCUCCGUUGUCCCUCUCAAACCCCCUGACGUCUCUGACGACCUCCCCGAAGGCGAGAGGAGGUGAGAGGGCAGAGUCGUCCUGACACCUGGGUGAAGUCAGGCAGAACCACUCUGCAAAGCACCUGCUGAAGUGAUGCUCUUAUCCACCGUCUGUUCCCUUCAACCUCCUGCCUCCUCCUGUCCGUGGUCUCAUGUGGGCAGAUGCUGCUUAAAAUGUAGCAGGUGCGAUUUGACAGAGAAACAGGUUAAGUGACGCAACCUGCCCCUCGUCCUCACAGUAUUUAUCCUGAGUCGUCACUGUGCCACAUCGUGUUACUCCUCAGAGGCUUGUGUGUGUGUGUGUGUGUGUGUGUGUGUGUGUGUGUGUGUGUGUGUGUGUGUGUGUGUGUGUGUGUGUGUGUGUGUGUGUGUGUGUGUGUGUGUGUGUGUGUGUGUGUGUGUGUGUGUGUGUGUGUGUGUGUGUGUGUGUGUGUGACCUCGUCACAGACGGCCGAGCGCAGGGUCACGUUGCAGUCACGCAGCAGCUGGCUGCGCCGCAAACUGACGCCUCUCCGGCUCGAUAACCGGACGGUGACAGGCAGAUCAGUUCAUUCACAGCGAGGCCGCCUCUGAUUGGCCAGCUGACACAUCACUGUAACGUCGUGAGCAGGACGAGAGACGGACGGCCGCCGAGCGCUGCCGAGGUCGAGACGCACGAGGCUUUAAAUCACGUGUGUAAUAACAAACUUGAAUGAAAUCAUAGUGCCUUUUUGGAAGAGGACUCAAUGCUGGUGUGUCCGUGUAUGUGUGCGCGUGUUUGUGUGCGCGUGCGUGCGUGUGUUCACAGGAAGUGUGUGCGUGCAUGCGUCCAGAGAAGCGUAGGAAACAAUUCACUUGAUUCUCAAAGUGACUUUUCUUAGGAACUGAACUUUUGGUGGAAGUGAAGACGAGUUGAUGUGCAGGACAUUGAACGCACCACAGACAUUGAACGCACCACAGACUCUCACGUGAAUGGCUGAUCUGAAAGACUUUGUUUUUCCUACUUCUUUUCUCCGGCCUUGAAAUCCCUUCAGCCUUCAGACUCGAGUCUUUUGAGUCACGGUCUCUUGUUUGUCUUCCCACGUUUUCAAUCCAAAGUCUUUUUGCUGGGAAUUGUUUUGAAUCUGUUUCUCAUGAAAUCAUGAGUGAUGUUCCGUGUGUCAUGUUUUUAUCAACAGAUCAGGUUGAUUUUAAUUUAAAGAGUCUGUCCAAACAUUCCCCUUAAAAUAAGAAUGUACUUAAAGUUUAAAUGUGUAAUUACAAAGAUAAUUUGUUCCUUCCAGUUUCUUAGUUCAUGUUCUCUGGAGUCUGUACCGUCAGUUUCUUCAGCUGAGGAACUGAAACCAUCAAAGUAAAGUUUAACACUGUUCCUUCCUGUUUCACAUGUAAAUGUUUUUAUUACAUCAAACUGUAAUGCUCAGAGUCUUUCCAUUAGUUUUAUUUUGUCAAAUCCCUCAGUGUUCAGUUAUUAAAUAUAUAAUUUAAGUUCACAGACUGUUGUUCUUCACAUACUUUACAGAUGUGAUGUAUUUCAUGUUGAUAUCACACUUUCCCCCACGAUGAUGUCGUCAGACUCAAAUCUGUUGAACGAUGGAAACAAAUAUUAUUUUAUCAGAGCAAAAGGUUUUUAAUGUCGACUCCAACAUCGCACAGCGACACAACGUUCUGUAUGUGUGUGAAUGUUGAUGUGUAGGAGAGUGAACAUUUUGUAUCUCAUAAAAAAAUAUCCAAUAUUUUCUUCUACUGACAUUGCAACUGUAAAAGUGUAUUUAGAUAUUUAACAGACUGUACGAUCACACAGGAAUUGUAUGAUAUUUUUUCUGGACAUUGUAAAAUAAAAAAGUUUCUAUAUUUGGAUGAAAA